AUGAUUUCUUUUUUCUUACUCUUUCUCAUCGUUUAUUUCGCUCUGAGGAGUAUAUACCGGAUUUAUUUCCAUCCUCUUCGCGGAAUUCCGGGGCCGAAGUUGGCCGCUGUUACGCAUCUUCAUGAGUUUCAUCAUGAUGUUGUUCGGGGAGGGAAGUUUCUCUGGGAAAUCGAGAAGAUGCAUGAGAGAUAUGGUACAAGACUCACGAUGACAGGUCCAAUCGUGAGGAUUAACCCCCGGGAAGUCCAUAUCGCGGAUCCAGCCAUGUACGACGAGAUCUACGCCGCGGGGGGUCGAAAGCGAGACAAAGACCAAGCCAUGGUGUCAGCGUAUGCAUCCCCGUACGCGGCGCUGGCGACCAUCGACCAUGAUCUGCACCGUGCGCGUCGAGCCCCCCUGAACCCAUUCUUCUCCAAGAAGGCCGUGCUCGAACUGUCAUCCGUCAUCCAGGAGAAGAUCUCCCUUCUGGCCUGGCACCUGGAGAAGUCCCAUGCCGAGAAAUCCGUAAUCACGCUAAGCACGGCCUUCAUCGGCCUGACCGGCGACAUCAUCACCCAUUACCUGUACGGCCAGGACAACGGAUACCUGCGGGACAGAGACCUGGCCAAGCGGAACAUGGUCUGGGAGAUCAUGGCGGAGGGCACAAACGCGUGCCACCUCUUCCGCUUCUUUCCCUGCAUUCCCACGCUCACGAAGGCCCUGCCUCCGCGACUCAUGCGGUUGCUUCGUCCCACGUUGUCGAAUGUGUAUGAUAUGCAGGACCAGAUUGCGCGCGAGUCUGAGGACGCUUUGUCGUCCCGACGGGGCACGGCGAAGCGGAGGACUAUCUAUCAUGCUUUGAAUAGUCCUGAUGUGCCGUCCCAUGAGCGCUCCCUGCAUAGGCUGCGUGAUGAGAGCUUUAUUGUCUUGAUCGGCGGCGCGGAAAGUACAGCCGCGACGCUGAGUUUCGCUAUGUAUCACCUUCUUCAGAAUAGGGAGAUGUAUUGCAAGCUCCGCAAGGAGUUGCAACGGGCCAUGCCGACCCCGACGAGUCAUGCGGACUGGUCCCAGCUAGAACGGCUGCCUUAUUUGACGGCUGUCAUCAACGAGGCACUCCGGUUAGGAGCAGCAGCGCUCCGACCAACACGAGUCGCAACCACCGAGACAUUGUAUUAUAAGGAAUAUGCCAUCCCGCCCGGGACCCCGGUUAGCACAAUCAGCUACUUCGUCCACAGGAAUCCAGCCAUAUUCCCAGACCCGGAGAGAUUCGAUCCGGAGAGAUGGAUCCAGGCAGCCGAACGAGGUGACAACCUCACCCGAUAUCUGGUCCCGUUUACGCGGGGGAGUAGGAUUUGUGUGGGCAUGAAUCUGGCUAACGCGGAACUGUACAUGACGCUUGCGUCUGUUGUCCGUCGCUUUGAUCUGGAGCUCUGCGACACGCGUCCGGAGGAUAUGGAGUUUGCGCGGGAGAUGGUCGUGCAGCGUCCCGCGAAGGGGGUGUGGACGCUGAAGGCUCGAGUGGCCGGCGUCGGCGAGUAA